AUGAGAACCGCCCUCACUCUCUCCCUGGCGGCUGUCGCCAACGCUGCCUCUUUCAGCGUCGGUACCAUCCAUGACAGGGCCGCUCCCAUCCUCAGUUCCAUCGAGGCCGAGACCAUUCCGGACUCGUACAUCAUCAAGUUCAAGGACCACGUUGAUGAGACCGCUGCGUCUGAUCAUCACACCUGGAUCCAGAACAUCCACAGCCAUGGCGAGCAGGAGCGCCUUGAGCUGCGAAAGCGCUCCACUCCCUUCACAGACAAGACCUUUGCUGGUCUGAAGCACACCUUCAACAUUGGCAAGGGCUUCAAGGGCUACGCCGGCCACUUUGACGAGUCCGUCAUUGAGCAGGUCCGGAAUCACCCCGACAUCGAGUUCAUCGAGCGAGACACCCUCGUCCACACCAUGAUCCCCGUCCAGAACAAGGACGCCGUCACUGAGCUUCAGUGCGACGACGGCAAGACCGAGACGCAGGCUCCUUGGGGUCUUGCCCGUAUCUCUCACCGUAAAACUCUCAACUUCGGUAACUAUAACAAGUACCUCUACUCCGCCGAUGGUGGCGAGGGUGUCGAUGCCUACAUCGUCGACACUGGCACCAACAUCGACCACGUCGACUUUGAGGGUCGCGCCCACUGGGGCAAGACUAUCCCUGCCGGCGAUGCCGAUGAGGAUGGCAACGGUCACGGCACUCACUGCUCCGGUACUGUCGCCGGUAAGAAGUACGGUGUUGCCAAGAAGGCCAAUGUCUACGCCGUCAAGGUUCUCCGAUCCAACGGCUCUGGCUCCAUGUCCGACGUCGUCAAGGGUGUCGAGUUCGCUGCCACCAGCCAUCUCGAGCAGCAGCAGAAGGCCAAGGACGGUAAGCGCAAGGGCUUCAAGGGCUCCGUCGCCAACAUGUCUCUGGGUGGUGGCAAGACCCAGGCUCUCGAUGCCGCCGUCAACGCCGCUGUCCGCACUGGUGUUCACUUUGCCGUCGCUGCUGGCAACGACAACGCUGAUGCUUGCAACUACUCUCCCGCCGCUGCCACUGAGCCCGUCACUGUCGGUGCCUCUGGUCUCGAUGACAGCCGUGCUUACUUCUCCAACUACGGCAAGUGCACUGACAUCUUCGCCCCCGGCCUGAACGUCCAGUCCACUUGGAUUGGCUCCAAGUACGCUAUCAACACCAUCUCUGGUACCUCCAUGGCCUCUCCCCACAUUGCUGGUCUCCUCGCCUACUACCUGUCCCUCCAGCCCGCUGAGGACUCUGAGUACGCCAUGGCCUCCAUCACCCCCAAGAAGCUCAAGGAGAACAUCAUCUCCAUUGCUACCGAGAACGCUCUGUCCGACAUUCCUUCCGACACCCCCAACCUGCUCGCCUGGAACGGUGGUGGCUGCAGCGACUACAAGAAGAUCGUCGAGGCCGGUAGCUACAAGGUCAACAAGGCUUCUCCUUCUUCUCCCGCCAAGCAGAUCAAGGAUGCCGUCGAGCAGGAGAUUGGUGUCGUCUCCGGCAAGGUCAAGGAGUUUGGCUCCAAGGCUGAGAAGUUCUCCAAGAAGAUCCACGACCUCGUUGAUGAGGAGGUUGAGCAGUUCCUCAAGGAAAUCAACAUGUAA